AAGGAAGGAGGAAACGACGACGUAGUGAAAGCGUGAUAACUGCGAGCAAAUAGGAGAUUGCGACUGUGAACACUGAACUCAAGUUCGGAGCACAGUCCGAAGCUGUCAACGAUGGCGAUUUCCGGCGAUCUUAGGGUCUCAGCGACUCUUCCCCUCUAUCGCUCUCACUCUCAGUCGCCUCUACUUCGAACCUCUUCUUUCCCUUCCCCAAAGGUAGAUUUCCAUCGUUUAUUGACUGGAGCAUCUAGCAUGUCCGAAUUCACCCGGAAAUGUCCCUGCCUGAUGAUUGUACGAUGCAAUAUGCGUGGGUAUUGCAAGCCAGUUACUGGGGUCCUUGGAGGUCCUAAUUUUUCAUCAAAUAAAGUUAGCCGAGAAGCUGAGAAUUUUCUCCUUGAUGCUGUUAACAUGAACUUAUUUGAGCGUUUAAAUUUGGCUUGGAAGAUAAUAUUCCCAUCAGCGACAUCCAGAAAAAACUCCAAUGCUAGGAUUGCCAAGCAACGCUUGAAGAUGAUUUUGUUCUCUGAUCGGUGUGCAGUAAGUGAUGAGGCAAAGCGAAAAAUUGUUAGCAAUGUUGUGCGUGCUCUAUCAGAUUUUGUGGAAAUAGAAUCACAGGAUAAAGUUCAGUUGAGUGUCUCUGCUGAUACAGAUCUUGGAACUAUUUACUCUGUCACAGUGCCUGUUCGGCGGGUUAAGCCAGAAUAUCAAGAUAUGGAUGAAAUAGGGACAAUAACAAAUGUUGAGUAUAAGGACACUGGAGAGAGUUCUGGUUCUGUUGAUGUUAGAUUUGAUUUCUAUGUUCCUGAUGAAUAGUUUUGAUUUUGAAUUGAAAGUUCUUGAAUCUUGAUUUCUUUGUCAAAAGUUAAUGUUUGAAACUCUUGCCAGUGAAGUCAAUUCGGAGUGCUGUAAAUAUUUGAAAAUUGAAGCUUACAUUAGGGUGACACUAGAUUUUGAUGAGAAAUUUUGUUUUUGUACUACCUUUGUUAGUUUGGUUUGUUGCAUCGCAUGACUAAAAACGGUAUGGUGUCUGUUCUUACUUCUUGGCAUUUAUGAUAUGCUUUUGCUGUUCGAGUGUAAGAAUCAUUGUUAUUAAUGGAGUCGGUGGUUGGGUUUCAUUAGCCCACAAAAGAGC